AUGUACCGCAUUCAGCCACAGGCGGGAUUUUCCGAUCCUUUCGAAGGUUAUUGCGAUCAGGAAUACGAAGGCGGCGGUUGGAAGCAAUACGAAGCCGGCUUCGGAGAUCUUCGCGGAGAGUUCUGGCUGGGUUUGAAAAAGAUACACGAAUUAACGAACGUUAAGCCACACGAGCUGCAUAUUAUGCUGGAGGACUUUGAUGGAAAAAUUGUUACGGCGCUUUAUGACCGGUUUAUAGUAGGAGGUCCAGCGACGAGCUAUGUUUUGAGUAGUUUAGGAAACUACACUGGAACUGCAGGAGAUUCACUUCGCAAACAUGAGGGAAUGAAGUUUUCGGCUUUCGAUAACGACAAUGAUAAAGGGAGUCAUAAUUGUGCAGAGGUAUAUAAAGGAGCUUGGUGGUAUAACGAUUGUUUUCAAAGUCAUUUAAAUGGACAGUAUCUGAAAGGAUCACUAACAGGGAAAAACUAUGCGAUGUCUUGGGAUAGCUUUCGUGUCCGGUUGUUGGUGGAUGGAAUUGCUCGAACGUCGAAUGGCCAGAAGCCCGAUUUUAUGGCGAAUCUAAACGAAAAUGGAAUCCCCAACUGGUCGGUCUGCAUACUCCCGGUCAGGUGUAAAGACAUAUUACACGGUCAAGCGGCGUUCCUCGGUCUCAGCUUCGGAGCUACGGCUCGGUCGUUGCAGGGCAACUAUCGAGCGAACGACGACCACCACCGCAAACAAACACGCGCUCACGAAAGCCCACCCGACUUCAACAACGAAGCAAACUUUCCCCGAUUUGCCGAACCGAUUCCCAACACAACGGUUACCAUCGGUCGGGACGCACUGCUGGCAUGCGUGGUGGAAAAUCUCAAAGGAUACAAGGUCGCGUGGGUCCGGGUGGACACGCAAACCAUCCUGUCCAUCCAUCACAACGUAAUUACGCAAAAUCCCCGCAUCAGCUUGACCUACAACGACCACCGGUCCUGGUAUCUGCACAUCCGGGAGGUGGAGGAAAACGACCGGGGCUGGUACAUGUGCCAGGUCAACACCGAUCCGAUGCGGUCACGGAAGGGCUAUCUGCAGGUCGUCGUGCCGCCCGCAAUCGUGGAAUCGCUGACGAGCAACGACAUGGUGGUCCGGGAGGGUACCAACGUGACGCUGACGUGCAAGGCGAAGGGUUUCCCGGAGCCGUACGUGAUGUGGCGCCGCGAGGACGGUGACGAGAUGGCCAUCGGCGGCGAAAACGUGAAUGUCGUCGACGGUGAAGUGCUUCACAUCACCAAAGUCAGUCGGCUGCACAUGGCAGCCUAUCUGUGUGUGGCGUCGAAUGGCGUGCCGCCAUCCAUCAGCAAACGGGUGCAGCUGAGGGUACAAUUCCCUCCGAUGCUGUCAAUCCCUAACCAACUGGAAGGAGCCUAUCUCGGCCAGGACGUCAUCCUCGAAUGCCACACGGAGGCCUAUCCGGCGUCCAUUAACUACUGGACGACGGAGCGGGGUGACAUGAUCAUUUCCGAUACCUCCCGCACCGGGGACAAGUUCGAAACGAUGUCCCGCAAUACCGGCUACACCAAGUUCAUGCAGCUGAAGAUCCGAAGCGUCGGUCCGGCGGACUUCGGCUCGUACCGAUGCGUGGCGAAAAACUCAUUAGGCGAAACGGACGGGCUAAUCAAACUGGAUGAAAUACCAGCGCCAACGACAAUAUUGACAACCGAAUCACUUUAUAACAAUCGAUCAAAAGGUCGGAAAACAAACAAAAAGCUCGAUCCGCUGAUGGUCGGCGAUUAUGGCGUCGAGGAGUGGAAGGAAAACGGUGCCUCGAUACGGCAUUCACCGGGAGCAUUCCACAACGGCAGUGGCGCCGCCGGUCGAGGUCCGUUCAGCCUGACCAGCAGCGUGCGCCUGCUGCUAAGCAAUCUGGCUGCGUUACUAGCGCUACUGGGUCGCAUCAACAGAUGA